UUCUUUGCUUGAGAGAGAGAGAGAGAGAGAGAGAGAGAGAGAGAGAGAGAGAGAUGCCGCGGGAGAUCAUCACGAUCCAGGUAGGGCAAUGCGGGAACCAGAUCGGGAUGGAGUUCUGGAAGCAGCUCUGCCUCGAGCACGGCAUCGGCAAGGACGGUCUUCUUGAGGACUUCGCCACCCAGGGAGGUGACAGGAAAGAUGUCUUCUUCUAUCAAGCUGAUGAUCAGCAUUACAUACCCAGAGCUCUUCUUAUGGACUUAGAGCCAAGAGUUAUUAAUGGCAUACAGAAUAGUGAGUACAGGAAUCUUUACAACCAUGAAAACAUAUUUGUCUCAGAACAUGGAGGUGGUGCUGGAAAUAACUGGGCUAGCGGAUAUCACCAGGGAGAACAAGUUGUUGAUGAUAUCAUGGACAUGGUUGAUAGAGAAGCAGAUGGAAGUGAUAGCUUGGAGGGUUUUGUUUUGUGCCAUUCAAUUGCCGGCGGAACUGGUUCAGGUAUGGGCUCAUAUCUGUUGGAGACUUUAAAUGAUCGUUACAGCAAAAAACUCGUGCAGACAUAUAGUGUUUUCCCUAACCAAAUGGAAACCAGUGAUGUUGUUGUCCAGCCUUACAACUCGCUUCUCACUUUGAAACGUCUGACACUGAAUGCUGAUUGUGUUGUUGUUCUCGACAAUACGGCGCUCAAUAGGAUUGCUGUGGAACGUCUUCAUCUAUCAAAUCCCACCUUUGCGCAAACAAACUCAUUGGUUUCUACUGUUAUGUCUGCAAGCACAACAACACUGCGGUACCCUGGAUAUAUGAAUAACGAUUUGGUCGGCCUUCUUGCAUCUCUAAUCCCAACUCCGAGGUGCCAUUUCCUCAUGACGGGCUAUACUCCUCUAACUGUGGAGCGCCAGGUUAACAUGAUUCGCAAGACUACAGUGCUAGAUGUCAUGAGAAGACUUUUGCAGACAAAAAAUAUAAUGGUCUCUUCUUAUGCACGCACAAAAGAAGCUAGCCAAGCGAAAUAUAUAUCUAUACUGAACAUCAUCCAGGGAGACGUGGAUCCAACACAGGUACAUGAGAGUUUACAGAGGAUUCGUGAAAGAAAACUUGUGAACUUCAUUGAGUGGGGCCCUGCUAGCAUUCAGGUUGCAUUGUCUAGGAAAUCUCCAUAUGUCCAAACUACUCAUAGGGUUAGCGGCUUAAUGCUUGCAAACCAUACUAGUAUUCGCCACCUCUUCAGUAAGUGUCUGGGCCAGUAUGAGAAACUGAGGAAAAAACAGGCCUUCCUUGACAACUAUCGAAAGUUCCCCAUGUUUGCUGAUAAUGAUCUAUCUGAAUUUGAUGAAUCUCGGGAGAUAAUCGAAAGCUUGGUCGACGAAUACAAGGCAUGCGAGUCGCCGGACUACAUCAAAUGGGGAAUGGAGGAUUCUGCAGAGGCUAAUGUUGCAGCAGCACUAGAUACAAAACUGGUGGUCUGAAAAGUCGCGGCGGGUUGAUUUUGCUGAAUGUUGUUUCAAAUGUUUUUAAAAGAUGAGUGGAACUUCGUGUGAUGUGAUCAAAUUAAGAGAUCUCCUUUUGGAUGCUGAAAUUCUUGUUGAGAAGCCCUGUAUGUGCUGCUUGUAGGUGUGUAUGAUAUUUGAUAACAUUGGUUGGAAAAUAUUUAAGUUGCUGGGCAAACCAUGAAUGAUUGUAUCCAGUGAUCGGUAUCGACGCGAAAGUGUUGUUAGUUUAGUACAA